UCGACCACGUGCAGCCGGAUAUGGUGUGGAACGACUUCUCGCUGUGGUCGCCCGGGUGGUGCCAGGGCGACAGCGAUAUCUGCGGCAUCAACGAAGCCCAGCGGCUCGAGUUCCUCGCGCACUACUUCAACCGCGGCGAGGAGUGGGGGAAAGAGGUCCUCACCACGUACAAGCACUUCGACUCGGGCUUCAACGACAGCUCAGCCGUCGCCGACUGGGAGCGCGGCGGGCCCGCGGAGCUCACCAGGCCAUACUGGCAGACGGACGACGCCAUCAGCGCCAGCUCCUGGUCCUACACCGUUGGCAUCAGCUACUACUCGUCCAAACAGAUGAUCCACUCGCUGCUCGACCGCGUCAGCAAGAACGGCAACAUGCUCCUCAACGUCUCGCCCACAGCCGCGGGCGUCCUGCCCGCCGCUCAGGUCCAGGUCCUCCGCGACAUCGGCGCGUACCUGGGCCGCUACGCCGAGGCCGUCUACGCCACCCGCGCGUGGGACAUUUACGGCGAAGGGCCGAACCGCGCGGGCGGCGGGUCGUUCACGGCCCCGCUGCAGGGGAACAGCAGCGAUAUCCGGUUCACGCGCUCGCAGGACGAGAAGGUCCUGUACGCGACGAUACUCGGGUGGCCGGCGGACAGGCUCGUCAACAUCGAGAGUCUGGGCAGCGAUCGGCUGGUCGACAUCUCCGGGCUGACGGGCGUGCAGCUGCUGGGUGAUACGGCGGGCGAGUAUCUCGAUGUCGUGGACUCCCAGCAGAAUGCUGGUGGGUUGGCGGUCACACUGCCCUCCACGCAGCCCGCCGAGGCGUAUGGAUAUGUCCUCAAGCUUACCUUUUCCGAGCGCAUCCCAGUCCCUCAGCCUGCUCAGGGUGCGACGGUAUGGCCCGCUGGUGGCCAAGUCUCUGCUGCGACCAAGGGCGUCACGCUUGGCCUGGGCGACUUCCGCGGCAUCUUCUUGUCCGAGGCGGGUGUCGAGGGCAGCAAGGUCGGCGUCAUUCGCGUCUCGGCUGGUAGCAAGGUUAGCGUCUUUGCCAGCAGCGACCUGAGUGGUGAUGUUGCCGUCGUGUACACUGAGGGCGAGCACGCUGUGGAGGAGGGAUCGGUCGGCUCGGUCAGGGUCGAGGCAGCGUAAGCGAGGCUGACGGGUGAGGGUUGAUUGUACCAGUCGCUUUGUAAAUUGAUGGCGAAACACAGACACGAAAAGAGCGACGUGGUUUGUGCUAUUCAUAUCCAGCAAAAACCAGUAUUCAGCAAGUCUUUUUCUA